GGGGCUGCGGCGGCCUGGCGGCGGCCUGCUGCGCGCUCUCCGCCGACCUAGCCGCGCCGGGCCGGUGGCGUGAGGCGCGGCGGCGGCGGCGGCGGCGCGGGGAGCCGAGGCGCCGGGGGCGGUGGUCGCGGCCCCCCUGGAGGCCGGGGAUGUGGGAGAGGCGGCGGCGGCAGCAGCGGCGGAGGCGGCGCUGCGGACCGGAGGGAGACCGCUGGCUGACGGGACACCCGGGCGAGACGUGAGGGGCCCCCGCCGCGGCCGCGCGGGGCUCGAGAGGGCGGCCCUGUGCUCCCGGGCCCGCUGGCCAGCAGGCGCGGGGCGGAGGCGGGAACCGGGCCCGGGCCCGGCGCGCAGGGCGGCGGCGGCGGCCGCGGAGCUGCAGUCUCGGCGCGACGCGGAGGGAUGGAGGCGGCGGUGCACUAGGCCUCGUCUGGGGCGGCCGCCCGGGACCGCAGGGAGUAAGCAGCUGACCCCAGAUAAAGGGAUAUUGUAAAUAACUGACAGAAUGUUGGGUUUUGUCAGUGUGAAGUCUGGAGAAGGAAGAAAAAAAGCAUGACUGGCUUCGGAGACUUAAGAGUUAAUGUGGUGAGCUGAGUUGAGUGGUGAUUUUAUGCAAUGGCUUCAAGCCACAAUUCUUCUCCAGUGCCUCAAGGAAGCAGCAGUGAUGUUUUCUUUAAAAAAGAGGUAGAUCCAGCAAAACACAUUCGACCUGUGCAGUCACUGCCUGAUGUGUGUCCCAAGGAACCUACGGGUGAUUCAAAUAGUUUAUGUGUUGCCCCAUCUCUAGUUACAGAUCAACGUAGAUGGACUGUAUAUCAUUCCAAAGUAAACCUCCCAGCAGCAUUAAAUGAUCCUACAUUAGCAAAAAGAGAGUCCGACUUCUUCACAAAAACAUGGGGAUUGGACUUUGUGGACACUGAAGUCACGCCGUCAUUCUACCUCCCACAGAUCAGCAAGGAGCAUUUCAUAGCCUAUCAGCAGGAGAUCUCUCAGAGAGAGAAGAUUCAUGAAAGAUGCAAGAAUAUUUGUCCUCCUAAAGAUACCUUUGACAGGACUCUUUUACAUAUUCAUGAUAAAUCCAGGACAGAUCUGGAGCAAGUACCUAAGAUUUUUAUGAAACCAGAUUUUGCCUUGGAUGAUUCCUUAACUUUUAAUUCAGUUUUACCGUGGUCUCAUUUUAAUACUGCUGGUGGAAAAGGAAAUCGAGAUGCAGCUUCUUCCAAGUUGCUUCAAGAAAAGCUGAGCCAUUAUCUGGAUAUUGUGGAAGUAAACAUUGCUCACCAGAUCUCGCUACGUUCAGAAGCAUUUUUUCAUGCAAUGACCUCUCAACACGAAUUGCAGGACUACCUCAAGAAAACUUCGCAGGCUGUAAAAAUGCUUCGAGACAAAAUUGCACAGAUUGAUAAAGUUAUGUGUGAAGGAUCACUACAGAUUUUAAGACUGGCACUUACCAGAAAUAAUUGUGUUAAAGUGUACAAUAAACUGAAGUUAAUGGCCACUGUCCACCAAACUCAGCCUACAGUGCAGGUGUUACUGUCUACUUCUGAAUUUGUGGGCGCAUUGGACUUAAUAGCUACAACCCAAGAAGUUCUGCAGCAGGAGCUUCAAGGCAUUCACAGCUUCCGGCAUUUGGGAUCACAACUUUGUGAAUUAGAAAAGCUGAUUGAUAAAAUGAUGAUUGCAGAAUUUUCUACUUAUUCUCACAGUGACUUAAACAGACCACUGGAAGGUGAAUGUCAAGUUUUAGAAGAGGAAAGAUUAGUAUCUCUUGUAUUUGGGCUUUUGAAACAAAGAAAACUUAAUUUUUUAGAAAUCUAUAGUGAAGAAAUGAUUAUUACGGCAAAGAACAUCAUUAAAGAGCGUGUGAUUAACAAAGUUUCACAAAUAGAAGAAAUAGACACAGAUGUUGUUGUAAAGCUUGCGGAUCAAAUGAGGAUGUUGAAUUUCCCCCAGUGGAUUGAUCUGUUAAAGGAUAUUUUCUCCAAGUUUACAGUUUUCCUACGGAGAGUUAAGGCAACAUUGAAUAUCAUUCACAGUGUUGUUCUCUCAGUUCUUGACAAAAACCAAAGGACUAGAGAAUUGGAGGAGAUUUCGCAGCAGAGGAGUGCUGCAAAGGACAAUUCCGUGGACACAGAGGUGGCUUAUUUGACUCACGAAGGCUUGUUCCUAAGUGAUGCUUUCAGAGAGGGCGAGCUAGCAGCUGCAGAAGUUGAUACUACCUCUCAGAGAAACACUUCUCCAAACAGCGAGCCCUGCAGCAGUGACUCGGUGUCGGAACCAGAAUGUGCUACUGACUCUUCAUCCAGCAAAGAGCAGACCCCAGCAGUCGCCACUCCAGGAGGUAUAGAUAUUAUAGUCAGUGAAGACAUGAGAUUAACUGACUUGGAGCUAGGAAAAUUAGCAAGUAACAUCCAGGAGCUGUUGUGUAAUGCUUCAGAUAUAUGUCAUGAUCGAGCUGUCAAAUUUCUCAUGUCAAGAGCAAAGGAUGGUUUCCUUGAAAAGUUAAAUUCCACAGAAUUCGUAGCACUCUCGAGAUUAAUGGAGACGUUCAUUGUGAACACUGAGCAGAUCUGUGGGAGGAAGAGCACGUCGCUGCUCGGGGCCCUUCAGAGCCAAGCCAAUAAGUUUGUGAACAGGUUUCAUGAAGAGAGGCGGACCAAACUCAGCCUCCUCUUAGACAAUGAGCGUUGGAAGCAAGCUGAUGUUCCUGCAGAAUUUCAGGAUCUUGUUGAUUCUAUAGCGGAUGGAAAGAUCUCGUUACCUGAAAAAAAGCCAGCGGCUGUAGAAGAAAGGAAGCCAGCUGAGGUCCUUGUUGUUGAGGGACACCAGUAUGCUGUUGUUGGAACUGUCUUGCUGUUAAUAAGAAUCAUCCUUGAAUAUUGCCAGUGUGUGGACAACAUCCCAUCUGUCACUACUGACAUGCUCACUCGUCUGACAGAUUUGUUGAAGUACUUCAAUUCAAGAAGUUGUCAGUUAGUUCUUGGAGCUGGUGCAUUGCAAGUUGUUGGACUGAAAACAAUUACUACAAAAAAUUUGGCGCUUUCUUCGCGGUGUCUGCAGUUGAUUGUACACUACAUCCCUGUGAUCCGGGCUCACUUUGAAGCUCGCCUGCCCCCUAAGCAGUGGAGCCUGUUGAGGCAUUUUGAUCACAUCACCAAGGAUUACCAUGACCACAUAGCUGAGAUAUCAGCCAAGCUGGUAGCGAUAAUGGACAGCCUGUUUGACAAGCUGCUAUCAAAGUAUGAGGUGAAAGCUCCUGUUCCUUCCCCGUGUUUCAGGAAUAUUUGUAAGCAAAUGACAAAAAUGCAUGAAGCUAUAUUUGAUCUUCUUCCCGAAGAACAAACACAGAUGUUAUUUUUAAGAAUUAAUGCAAGUUACAAACUCCACUUGAAAAAGCAGUUGUCACACUUAAAUGUAAUAAAUGAUGGAGGACCUCAAAAUGGGUUGGUCACAGCAGAUGUAGCUUUUUACACUGGAAAUCUUCAAGCCUUAAAAGGCCUUAAAGAUCUGGAUCUAAAUAUGGCCGAGAUCUGGGAACAGAAGAGGUGAUGACAGAUUGGAAACCCGGGUAGUUUGUCUGACUACAGGAUGUGUUUCUGAAGAAAAUCUGGAUGCCUGGUGUUUUAAGAACUGAACCUGGGACCCAAAGUGAACUGAGGCGGGGGAAGGGAAAAGAAGCAUCAGUGUUGGGACUGGAUUCAGUGGGAUCCACAAGGAACGCCAUGUUUGUGCGUCCUUCAGUAAGGAGUAACUGAUCAGGUGUCUAUAACAGUUUUCAUUCUCUCUGGAAACAGACUCAGGUUUCUUUGGACCAAAUCCAAAAGAACACAUAGCUGUAACACAGCUGUAGUUGCCUAGAAUGCUCUGUAUACUUUAUAUUAAAAUGCUCUGCAUUUCUUCCAGUGCAAUGAGAUUCAUAUGGUGUCCCACCUUAUUAAUGAUGGUACAAUUGAAGAUAUGAAAAUCUUAGUCAACCUCUGUAGAAAGUUUUCUCUAUGAAAGUAAAGCUGUUUGAAAAUUAUUUUUUUACAGAUCUUUAUAAAAAAUAAACAUCUUUUGAUUGCUUGGAUUUAGGAAUUCAGUUUUUGUUUUAGUGACUAAUGUCAAGUUUCAGGUUUUUGUGUGUUGCAUAUUUAACUUUUCCACUACCACUGUUAUGUCACUGGGUAAAGCCGCAAACUGAUAAAUACAUGGAAGACUGAUUGUAAGGAAUAAAGAAUAUUUGCAUUUACUUAUGCAACUACUAAUUUAAGUACUCUCCAGAAGUGAUAUACACAAAACUAUGAUUUAAUAAUAGUAUUUAUGAAAGUACCUAUGAAGGGCUUGGGGUUGCAUUGUUUUUUGCUUUUUUAUUUCUAGCAGAGGCAAGAAUACAUAUUCAUAAUAUGCCUACUUAUGAAUUCUCAUUUUAACAUUUAGAUAACAUGAAAUAUGGCCCUCUUGGAUUCUUAAUUAAUUUUAAGUUACUUUUGAUAUGUAUAUAAUAAGUAAAGACCAGGGAUAAACAGAACUUUUAAAAUACAGGCUGCUAUGUUGGGGCCAGAAAUACAAGGUCGACGAGUAAGCAAUCCGAAGACUUUUAUAAUACCUACCUUCAAAAUCAGAAUUGGCAGCACUCUACAAGUGAAAGUGCCUGUGUCUCACACCAAGAAUCUUGCCUAACUCUGUCAGAGUGCCUAAUCUUAUGGUGAUAAUGUACAAUGAAAUAAUCUUACUUUGUGGAGGGUUUUUUUUGUUUGUUUGUUUUGUUUUCUCAAGAGAAUCUUUUUUUUUUUUAAUCAUUACAGAGGUAUGUCAUUGGUUCUUAAACUGUCAAAAAUAAAGAUGUAAAAAAUCA